AUGGUGCGCGGCAUACUUAACAAACUUACUCCGGAAAAAUUCCAAAAGCUAAGCGAUGACUUGCUAGGACUGGAGCUGGAUUCAGACAAAGUUCUGAAGGGUGUGAUCCUGCUGAUAUUUGAGAAGGCGCUGGACGAGCCCAAGUACUCGUCUAUGUACGCACAGCUCUGCAAGCGGCUGAGUGAAGAAGCGCCGAACUUCGAGCCGCCCGGGCAGCCGUGCACGUUCAAGCUGCUCCUGCUAAACAAAUGCCGCACUGAGUUCGAAAACCGCGCUCAGGCGUUCGCGGCCUAUGAGGACAAAGUGCUGACAGCGGAGGAGGAGGAGAAGCGGCACCUGGCUAAGUGCAAGAUGCUGGGAAACAUUAAGUUCAUCGGCGAGCUGGGCAAGCUGGAGAUCCUGGCGGAGUCGAUCCUGCACCGCUGCAUCCAGCAGCUGCUGGCACGACGGGCGGCCGCCGAGCACCAUGAGGACCUGGAGUGUCUCGCACAGCUGGUGCGAACAUGCGGCCGAGUGCUGGACUCUCAGCGUGGCCGUGGCCUUAUGGACCAGUACUUCGCGCGCAUCGAGAUGCUGGCUGGUGCGCGAGAGCUGGCUCCUCGCAUCCGCUUUAUGCUGCGAGACGUGGCGGAACUACGGAGAGGAGGCUGGAUGCCGCGUGCCGCUACAUCUGCCGAGGGCCCGGUGCCCAUCCACCAGCUGCGCGCUGAUGACGAGCCGCCGCGUCGCGACCGAGAUCGCGGGCUCGACCGCGACCGAGAUCGUGAGCUGUUCCGCGGCGGUCUCCGCUCGAGACCGCUGGAUGAUGUACUGGCCGGUCUCAGCCUACAGCCGGCGCCACUCGGCCCCGACAAACUGUUCGGGAACGGCUUCGGAUCAUCGCGAGAUGCAUUCAGACAGCGUGCGCCCGCUGGUUACUUCCCGCGCUCGCACCAACACCACAACCAGAACCAGCACCACAACCAAAGCCAGCACUACAAGCACCACUCCGCGCAGCACCAGAACAAUAAUGCCAAGGAUGGCGCUCGCGCGGGGAGCGGCGGUGGGGGAGGCAAGGCUCGGGGCGGGGGUGGCGCGCUGGCCGACGUGCAGAUGCGUCCGGCUGCCAACUCGCUCAUGUUCACCGCCAACCGGCUGUCGCGGCCCGCGCCGCACGCCCCGCACGCGCCGCACACCCCGCUGGCGCCCGUGCAGCAGAAUGUGUUGACACCUUCGUUCGCGAGCACGCCGUUGCUACUUAAAGAGCCCGCUAUUACCAUCAAACCUGCGCCCGAUAAGAAGGAGAAACCCAAGAAAGACAAGGGGCUGAGUAAAGAGGAGGCGUGUCGUCUCGGCAUUGAGGCGGUGGACGCCCUAGCGGAUGCAGGUGGCGUGCGCGUCACGCUCGACGACGCGCAGCACGAGCAGAGCGACGAGCAGCAUGAUGCGCUCCGCAUCCCGCAAGUGCAGAGGCUGCGGGACCUGCAGCUACCGGACAAGGUGCUGCGGCGGGUGAUCGCGGCGGUGCUGGAGCACGCACUGUCGGGCGGCGCGGCGAACGAAGGGGGCGAAGGAGGCGAGGGCGCGGGGGGACUGGGUGAGCCGCUGCGCGCGCUGGCGCACCGUUACCCGCACGCUCGUCUGCCGCCGCUGCUGGCGCACGCCGUGCUACAGAAAUUGGUGACGCUGGCGGAGGUGGGGUCGUGGUGCGAGGGCGGGCAGCACCACCCGCUGCUGCUGGAACUGCUGCAGCAGCUGCGCGAGCUCGUCGGUGACGACGCGUUGCUGCAGCUAUACAACGAGAGCAAGAUCAACCUGUGCGCGUACGUGUCGGAGCGGUGCGGCGGCGAGUCGGGCGGCGGCGCGGGCGCGGGCGCGGGCGGCGCGGCGGGCGCGCUGGAGGUGCUGGAGGCGCGCGGGCUGGCAUUCCUGGUGCCGCAGCUGCGCGUGCGCGCUCAGCUGGCGCGCCAGCUGGCCAGCGAGCCGGCGCCGCUGGCGCUGUACCGCUGGAUCAAGGCCAACGUGGAGCCAGCCGUACGCCACAACGCGGCCUUCGUGUCCACGCUGGUGGCGCUGGUGUGCGCGCACGUGACGGGCGCGGCGGGUGCGACGGGCGCGCCGGACAAGGCGGCACUGGAGCGCGAGAAGGCGCUGGCGGAGGCGUACGCGCCGCUGCUGACGGCGCUGCUGGAGGGCCGGCCCGACCUGCAGCUGGCCGCCGUGUACGCCGUGCAGCUGCACGCGCACGCGCACCGCUACCCCAAGGGAAUGCUCCUCCGUUGGUUCAUGUACCUGUACAACCUGGAGGUGUGUGAGGAGGAGGCGUUCCUGCGCUGGCGCGAGGACGUUACUGACGCCUAUCCCGGAAAAGGAGAGGCUCUCUUUCAGGUGAACACUUGGCUGACGUGGCUGCAGCAGCAGGAGUCCGAGGACGAGGAGGCAGAGGACUAG